GGACGGAUAGAUGUGCGGGAGUCACAUCCAUCUGACUCCCAUCAUUUCCUGGGAUUUGAUUCUUUUCGAGUGAAACAGACUGGGUGGGCACUGCACGGCUGCACAUCGACAGCGUCACUGUUUUCGGACGCGAAGAUGCUGCUCCGCGGACUUCUCCUGUGCUUUUCAGUAACAGGUUUUGUUUUAGCGCAGCCCAACAGCUCCGGGUUAUUUUACGCGCUCCGGUCCGAGCUGUCGGAAGACGCAAUCCUGGUGGCCAACAACGGAAUACGCGUGCCUUUCGGAAGAUCGGUCUUCAUCGACCCCAUCAACGACCUGGUGGUUCAGACGCAGCCGGGAGACCGGUGCAGCAUCACCGUGCUGGACAACGACCCGCUCACACAGAGACCGGGGCACCUCUCUCCCAAAAAGUUUCCAUGUGAUUUUGGUCCGAGUGACGUGAUGUAUUCUCACUACGGCUCCAGGAGUCCAGUCAGAGACAGAGUGCGGCUGCAGCUCAGGUAUGAUGCUCAAACCGAAACUGUUAUCAUCCCGUUCAUGAUGGAGGUGGAAGUAGUUUUUACGCUGGAGUUACUCACCAAAAACGUGCCACUCACUGUUGAUCGUCUGAAAGGGAUUAGUAAUCCUAUCGAUAAGAAGAUAUUAGAGUUUACUUAUGAUAGAGUGAAUUACAAAUGCGAAGUGGCAUCCUUAUCCGGCGCCAGCGCACUGCCCAGAUAUGGAAAACUCAUUGAGGGAGGUAAACUUUCCACAGUGAUGGACUGUGAUGAAUUCAUACAAGCGGAAAUACGCUACCAGCACACGUUUAAUCGUAAAACUCCAAACAGGGAUUAUGUUCCUAUGGUUGCAGAGCUCCACGAUAAAGAAGGGAACCUGGUGAAACAGGAGUAUUUUCAUCUUAUGGUUCGCAUCAGAGGUGGAGAGGAGAACACUCCCCCCAAACCCAGCUUUGUAACCAUGAUGAUGAUGGAGGUGAGCCAGUUUGUGAUGACAGCCUUCACCCCUGACAUGCUGGCUGCUGAGGAUACAGAGUCAGACCCAGAAGAGCUUAUUUUUAACAUCAGUUCUCCCUUAUCUUAUGAAGAGGGUUACAUAGUCAGCACAGAUGACAGAAACCUUCCAAUCACCUCCUUCUACCAAAAAGACCUGCAGGAUUUGAAAAUAGCUUAUGUUCCACCUUCUCUGGACUCGGACACAGAAAGAAUUUUUCAGCUGGAGUUUGAGGUGAUAGACACAGAGGGCGCUGUCUCUGACCCAUUUGCCUUUAUGAUUGUUGUGAAGCCGAUGAACACUUUGGCCCCUGUUGUGACGCGUAACACGGGUCAGCUGCUGUAUGAGGGCCAGUCACGGCCCCUCAUCAGCACACACAAUUUGGAGAUCAGCGAUGAGGACAACUUGGACUCUGUCACAGUCUCAGUGGUGGACGGCCUACGGCAUGGGGGGCUCGUGGUGCUGGGCUCUCAGAGAAACAUUUUCACACCUGCUGACCUCACAACAGGGGCUGUUGUCUAUCAGCAUGAUGGCAGCGACACAUACAGUGACAAUAUUGUCUUCAAGAUGACAGAUGGGAAAAAUGAAGUUGAAUUUCUCUUUCCUAUCACUAUUGUCCCCACUGAUGAUGAGUCACCAAUCAUCAAUGCAAACAUGGGUUUAGUGCUUUUCAAACACCAAACGAUUCCCAUAUCGCCUCUCGUGCUCAGUGCUGCUGAUAUUGACUCUGAAGACUCAACAAUUAAAUUUACCAUUAUUCCCCCUUUUUCCACAAUUGGAACGGUGCUCCUGCGACAGUCAGAUGCCCCGGAGGAUCCCUCCUCUUGGAAAUUUAAUGCUGAGGAUGAAAUGUAUGAGAAGGAGGUGACAGAAUGGCUUCAGAAAGACAUCACAGAUGGAAAGUUAUUUUACAGGCACAAAGGUCCCCAUAGCACAGAAACAAUCAUGGAUCAUUUUAUGUUCACUGUUCAGGAUGACAAUGACCCACCUAAUUUAUCUGGAGAUAGUAUAUUUGUAAUUCGUGUUUUACCGAUUGAUGAUGUGCCCCCAGAGCUGUACCCUGGCACUACCCUGCAGAUGACUGUUGAGGAGUAUGAACUCACUCAAUUCACUAAAGAGGUCCUCCGCUACACUGAUAUGGACUCAGAGGAUCGUGACCUCAAAUAUGCACUCAUCCAGGCUCCAACUGAUACAGAUGAAAAUAACCCCGUUGUAUUUGGAUCAUUAGUGUUGACAGAUCAUCCUGACUCCAAAGUGACAGAGUUUACACAAGCUCAAAUAAACCAUCAUAAGAUAUCCUAUGCGCCCCCAAAUGUGGAACUGGGAAUUACGGCCCAUGUAGUACAGUUCCGUUACACUGUCAAAGACAUGGCGGGGAACAGUGUAGAGGGGGUGUUCACAAUCUUUCUGCAGCCAGUCAAUAACAACCCACCGCAAAUCACAAACACAGGUUUUACCGUGUUUGAAGGCGGAAUGCACAUUAUAACUGCUACAGAGCUGGAUGCCCAAGACCUUGAUACAGAAAGCGAAAAGAUAACUUGUGCUCUGAGUCGACCACCUAAACAUGGCCAGAUUAAGGCUGCAUUCACUGACCUGGAGAAAAACAGGAUUUUCAAACUUGAUGAUAUCUCAGAGGGAAAAAUAUCAUAUAUUCACAAUGGGGAGGAGACAGUGAGCGAUGAUUUCCAGCUUGAUAUCAGUGACGGGGUACAUGUUGUGACUGUGACAGUUAAAGUUAUUGUAAAGCCCUUUGAUGAUGAAACUCCCUCCAACAGCCUCUCCUCAGGAACAAUCGGGUCUCACAUGGACGUGCUGGAAAAUGGUGUGGCAGAAAUCACAGCAAAUGUGAUUCAGGGUCAUGAUGAUGAUACUGAUGAUUUCCAGCUGACAUUUAUUAUGGAAGAUCCCCCUGUCUUUGGGGAAAUAUUAGUUAAAGGAUUGCCUGCUGCAAGGUUUACACAAGCCGACAUAAUUAAUGGAGAAGUUGUGUAUGCACACACUGGUGGUGAGAUAGGUCUCUUCUCUCAGCAAGAUGGAUUUAAUUUGACCCUCACAGAUAUGUCUGAUGAUUGGACAGUAGGGGGCAAUGUAGUCAGUGGAGUCCAUGUACAAGUUACUGUCCUGCCUGUUGACAAUCAGGCCCCUGAGAUUGGAGUUGGGCUCCAGUUCAGCGUUAUUGAAGGAGAGAAAUAUGGUAUUAGCUCUCAGCACUUGAACGCUGAUGAUAAUGACACUCCAACAGAUGACAUCCUUUGCACUGUCAUUGUGCAGCCCAUUGCAGGCUAUGUAGAAAAUAUAUCCCCAGCUCCAGGCUCAGAGAAGUCAAGGUCAGGAACAGCUAUCAGUGCAUUUACUCUAAGAGACAUAAGGGAAGGAAAUAUCUUCUAUGUGCAGAGUAUUCAUAAGGGGGUAGAACCAGUGGAGGAUCGGUUCACAUUUAGGUGCUCUGAUGGCAUCAAUUUCUCAGAGAACCAUUUCUUUCCAAUCAUAAUCAUCCCAACAAAUGAUGAAAAGCCAGAGAUUUAUUUAAGGGAGAUAGUUGUGAUGGAGGGGAUGAACAUUAUCAUCGACCCUCCGAUUCUGAAUGGCGCAGAUGCUGAUUUUCCACCUGAGGAGCUGAUGUUCAUCAUCUCCAAACCUCCCAAACAUGGUGCCAUUUUAAGUCAGCUAUCCACAGGCUCUGUUUUGGUGUCUAACUUCACCUUAGAAGAGAUUAGAGAGGCGUCGAGUAUUAUUUAUGAGCACGAUGACUCAGAGACAACGGAGGACAGCUUUGAUAUCAUUGUGACAGAUGGAAAGUAUUCUGUGCAGAAAACAGCCGUUAUUAUGAUCAUCCCUGUUGAUGAUGAGACCCCCAGGAUGGCUAUCAAUGAUGGCCUGGAGGUGGAAGUUGGAGAGACGAAGGAGAUUAAUAAUAAGAUCCUCAAAGCAACAGAUUUAGAUUCUGAAGACGGCACGCUAACAUAUAUAAUCCGAUUUGGCCCUAGCCAGGGUCUCCUGCAGAGAAAAACACCAUACGGGUUUGUUGAGAACAUCACACUUGGCAUGAAUUUUACACAAUCUGAAAUUGAUGUAGGACUCAUAUUGUAUGCACACAAUGGACAAGAUGGCUUCAGAGAUUUAAUCAAAUUUGAUGUGACUGAUGACAUAAAUUCACUCAUAGAUCGUUACUUCUAUAUCACUGUGGGCAGCACUGACAUCAUAUUCCCAGAUGUGAUCAGUAAAGGUGUGUCUCUAAGAGAAGGUGGCAGGGUGACCUUGUCCACGGAUCUUCUAAGCACCUCUGAUCUCAACAGUCCUGACGAGAAAUUAGUUUUUACUGUCACACGGGCCCCAGUCAGGGGGCACCUUGAGAGCACAGACACUCCUGGGAUACCCAUUGGAUCUUUUACCCAACUUCAGUUAGCAGGCAGCAAGAUUUUUUACAUUCACACCUCUGAUGAUGAAGUAAAAAUGGACAGUUUUGAGUUUGAAGUCACAGAUGGGUACAAUCCCAUUUUCAGAACAUUUAGAAUAUCUAUUGUGGAUGUAGAUAACAAGAAACCCGUUGUGACUAUAAAUAAUUUAAUUGUCACUGAAGGUCAACUGAAAUUAAUCACACCCUUUGAGCUAACUGCUGAAGAUCAGGACACUUCUGAGAAAUUGAUUAAAUUUACAAUAACCCAGUUGCCUGUUCAUGGCAAGGUGCUGUACAAUCAGUCCACACCUAUUGCCAGCUUUACAAAACAAGACCUCAACGAAAACCUCAUCAGCUACAAACACGAUGGAACUGAAACACUAGAAGACUCAUUCUCCUUCACUGUCACUGAUGGCACACACACAGACUUCUAUGUUUUCCCCAACACAAUUUUUGAGACAAGACAUCCUCAGACUAUGAAAAUUACCAUCAUGGCAAUAGACAAUGGAGUCCCUCAGAUUGUGGUAAAUAAAGGUGCAGCCACUUUGAAGAUUUUGGCCACAGGUCAUUUGGGGUUCCCCAUCAGCCCUAAAGUGUUAAAAGUGGAGGACAGGGACAGCAUCCCGGCGUCAGUGGUGUUCCACAUCACUACCCAGCCCCAACACGGCGACAUCGUCAACCUGGGACACGGAAACAACUCCAUUGAUGCCUUUAGUCAAGCUGAUAUUGAUGACCUGAACAUCUGCUAUGUACUGAGGGGUGAAGAAAAUGCUACUAUGGAUCUCUUCCACUUCUCUGUUGAGGAUAACGGUGGAAACAAGCUUAAUGGACAGCAAUUCCGCUUGGACUGGGCCUGGAUUUCCAUGGAGAAAGAGUAUUAUGUGGUAGAUGAGGAAGACAAAUUCUUGGAGGUGGUGCUCCAACGAAGAGGAUAUCUGGGAGAGACGUCAUUCAUUGGCAUUGGUACACAAGAUGGUAGUGCAAGAAAAGACGAGGACUUCAAGGGGAAGUCUCAAAGGCAGGUCCAGUUCAAUCCAGGACAGACGAGAGCGACGUGGCGCGUUCAGAUUCUGACUGACGAUAAGUACGAGCAAGCGGAGACCUUCCAGAUUCUGCUGUCAGAACCAGUGAUGGGAGUGAUGGAGUUUCCCAUCUCAGCAACAGUGGAGAUCCUAGACCCAGAUGAUGAGUCCACCGUGUUCUUUCCUGAACCAAUUCAUUCAGUAGAGGAAGAUGUUGGGGAGCUUUUCAUCCCUGUACACCGCAGUGGAGACAUAAGUGAGGAACUCAUGGUGGUCUGCUCCACACAGCAGGGUUCUGCCACAGGAACGAUCCCCACCACCGUUCUGUCCUAUUCAGACUACAUUUCACGUCCGGAGGAACACAGCAGCAUCCUCCGAUUCGACAAAGGAGAGCGGGAGAAGAUGUGUCGUGUGGUGAUCAUCGAUGACUCUCUGUACGAGGAAGUGGAGAGCUUCAAUGUGAUUCUGACCCUGCCUGUUGGAGGUCGGCUAGGAAUGCACUAUCCUACCACUAAAGUCAGCAUCCUCAAAGACAUAGAUGAUGCUCCUGUGUUUUACUUUGGAGAAGGCCAGUAUCAUGUGGAUGAAAGUGACGGUUAUGUGGAGGUCAAAGUGUGGAGGACAGGAACCGAUCUGUCCAAAACGGGAACUGUGACAAUCCGUUCUCGGAAGGUGGAGCGUUUCUCUGCUGAAGCUGGUAUUGACUAUGUGGGCAUAAGUCAUAACUUGGACUUUGCCCCAGGUGUCAGCAUGCAGACAUUUAAGGUCACAAUUUUGGAUGAUAUGGGACAGCCAGAGCUGGAGGGAGCCGAGAGCUUUGAGUUAGUUCUGCGAAUGCCAGUAAAUGGUAUUCUAGGCGAACCUGGCAAAGCUACAGUCUUCAUCAAUGACUCACAGUCUGACUUGCCGAAGGUCCAUUUUCGUGAACCGGUUUACAGUGGAGAGGAGAGUGAUGGUCAGAUAACAGCAACAGUGUACCGCAGUGGUGACAUCUGGCACAAAUCCUCUGUUCGCUGUUACUCCCGUCAGGGCACCGCACAAGUUGCCUCUGACUUCGAGGAGCGUCCCAACACAGAUGCUUCUAUCAUCACUUUUUCACCCGGUGAGGUGGAGAAGCCGUGUAUCCUGUCACUGGUUGAUGAUGCAUUGUACGAGGAGGUUGAAGAACUAAGGCUGGUCUUGGGGACACCAAGGAGCAGCUCACAGUUUGGCGCAUCAGUUGGAUCUCUUAAUGAGGCUCUACUUCAAAUAAAGGACACAGCUGACAAACCAAUCAUUCGGUUUGCAGAAACUAAGUUCAACAUUAAUGAACCGAAGGAAACUGGGACUGUGGUAACUGUGAAGAUCCCUGUGGUACGAGUUGGCGACACAUCAAAAGUGUCAGUGGUUCGGGUUCAUACCAAAGAUGGGUCAGCCGUCUCAGGAAUGGAUUAUUACCCAGUGUCUCAAGAUAUCAAGUUUAAACAGGGAGAGAAACAACGUGUAGAGGUGCAGAUAUUGCCUGAUGGAGUCAGAGAAAUGAGGGAGGCUUUUACAGUCCAUCUGAAGCCUGAUGAAAACAUGGUGGCUGAAACUCAGGUGACGAAAGCUAUAGUUUACAUUGAAGAGUCCAACAGCAUAGCUGAUGUCACCUUCCCCUCCUCACCCCAUGUCAUGUCACUGUUUCAUUACGAUGACAUCGCCAGGACAGCAGAUAACUUCCACCCACCAGCUGGCUACCCAGUCAUCUGUGUCACAGCUUGCAACACGAAAUAUCCAGACUAUGAUAAGACGGGUCCUAUCUGUGUCAGCGAGCACAUCAACAACACCUUGACCCGCUACCGCUGGCUUAUCGGUGCCCCAGCAGGUCCCGAUGGCAUCACCAGCCCCAUGAGGGAGGUGGACUUUGACAUGUUCUUUACCUCCUCCAAGAUGAUCACGCUGGACUCGGUCUACUUCCAGGCAGGUUCAAGGGUGCGGUGUGCUGCUCGAGCUGUUAACUCUAAUGGGGAGGAAGGUUUGGAGCUCAGCAGCCCCAUUGUCACCAUCAGCCAGGAGGAAGGUAUGUGUCAGCCUCGUAAGCUGGGAACUGUGGGCGCUGAACCUUUCUCUGCAAAGCUGCGCUACACUGGAGCAGAUGACCCAAAACACCCUAACCUGAUCAAAGUGACCAUCACCAUGCCUCACAUAGAUGGUAUGCUUCCAGUAAUCUCCACUCGGCCCCUCAUGAACUUUGACCUGACUUUGAGUCCAGAUGGAACUCGAGUCGGAAACCACCGCUGUUCAAAUUUGCUUGACUUCGAUGAGGUCACCACAGGUCACAGCUUCAUCACUGCUUCGACACGCAACCCAGAGAACAUGGGGGAGUCUGCGCCCUACCAGUUCAGCAGCUCUCUGCGGGGGAACAACACGCUGCGCUUCUAUAGGAACCUGAACCUGGAAGCAUGUCUGUGGGAGUUCAGCAGCUACUACCACAUGUCUGAGCUGCUUACAGACUGUGGAGGUACAAUAGGCACAGAUGGACAGGUGCUGAACUUGGUCCAAUCUUAUGUAACCCUGCGUGUGCCUCUCUACGUGUCUUAUGUGUUCCACUCGCCCCUGGGCACCGGUGGCUGGCAGCACUUUGACCUCCAGUCAGAGCUGCGUCUCACUUUUGUGUAUGACACAGCAAUUCUGUGGCAGGAGGGCAUCGGCAGCCCACCACAGGCAGAGCUCCAGGGAUCGUUGUAUCCUACCAGCAUGCGCAUCAAUGAGCAGGGAUGUAUGGUGGUGAAUUUCCGCACCAAAGCUCAUUUCAGGGGUCUGUUUGUUGAGUCUCAUUCUUCAGGCAGAAUCAAAACAACUGCAACAUCCGUAUCAUCGAUGGUGAUGAGUGUGGACCACCCUGGCCUGACCUUUAACCUCAGCUUAGUGAGGACUGAACCUACCUACAACCAGCCAGUCCAGCAAUGGACCUUCCUCUCUGAUUUUGCUAUCAGAGAUUAUUCUGGAACAUACACAGUGAAUUUGAUCCCAUGUACAACAUCUCAGAACAUGGAAUACACUAUUCCACCUGUUUGCAAUCCCAGAGAAUAUCUCACUUUUGAUCUCGACAUUAGAUUUCAGCAAGUGAGCGACCCAGUUGCAGUGGAAUUUAGUCUGAAUACUCAGAUGUUCUUGCUGGCCAAGAAGAGCCUCUGGCUUUCUGAUGGCUCUAUGGGUUUUGAACAAGAGAGUGAUGUCACUUUUUCUGAAGGUGACACAAUAUAUGGUCGUGUCAUGGUGGAUCCAGUGCAGAAUUUGGGAGAUUCUUUCUUCUGCAGCAUAGAGAAGGUGUUUCUCUGCACUGGUGCUGAUGGCUACGUGCCCAAAUAUAACCCAACUAAGUUUGAAUUUGGCUGUCUUGCUGACUCUCCAUCCUUGUUAUACAGAUUCAAGAUUCUUGACAAGGCUCAACCAGAGACUCAGGCACGUGUGUUUGGAGAUGUCAGUUUUAAUGCGGCGCUGGCAGUAGACGAUCCAUCCGCUGUGUCUCUUGUCAGAAAGUCAGGAUCUGAUGGGUUUAGCCUGGACUCAACAGCCAUGUUCCAGGUUGCUGCAGGGCGUGAAUGGUAUAUACACACUAUUUACACGGUUCGCUCCAAAGAGAACACCAACAGGGCCAUUGGAAGACGCAGCCUAGAGUACCACUCUUUUGUUUCCACUCUGACAUCGAAAGGCAAAAAAAGCCAUCGCAGAAAAAGAUCUGCUCACGACAAAAUCCCAGCAAUUGCAGAAGAUAUUGGAAUAGAUAACAGCCGAGGGACCAACAUUAUGCAUAUUGCUUUAGACCGCACCAAGAGGAGGUCGAGGGGAUCAGAUGAGUUGUUCUCUGGUGGCAGAGAACUUGGUGAGCUGAACACUGAGGAUCAAGAGGAAAGUCUUGUGAGCAUUGUGGGGGUACUGGUGGGGCUGCUGCUGACAGUCCUCAUUAUUGUUACCAUUGCACUGGUAAUGAAAUCCAGACAAAAGGAUGGAAAGGAGAUAUGGAGCGAGGGAGUGCAGGAAGUGGUGAAAGGUUCUGUCAGCACUGAACCCAUGCUGGUGGUGAGGAUGCAAGACUGCCACAACAGCUCUGAGGUCUGAGCCAUGAAUUGGACAGACGGACACACAGAAUACGUGGGAGGAGUUUUUAUAUGUUACUUUUCUUUUUCUUAGUUACUUUUACAGCACCAAAAACAUUCAGUUGAGCAAAUGAUCUUAGAGUGUGCCUGUUAAUGUUACCACUGAACUGAAUUGCACUCAGUACAACACUAUGAUGCCAUGUUUUUAUUUGUCAUUUCAGCUUCUGCUGUUAAUACCAUAGUAUUUUUGGUCUUGGGUAAAUUCUUCAUUGUAUCUAAAAGUGCCUGAAGAAACUAAUCCUUCAGGACAGUCGACCCCAGUGUUCAUAGGGAUGAUGCAGACUAAGUGAAAAAUACAGUGCUGGAGGAAGGUAGCAUUCAGUAUGAAAAUCUUCAAUAAAAACAUGAAGGAAUCACAGUAUUGCAAUAUCAACACAACAGUUAUAAACAUAAAUGUCACACCAUGAUUCAAGUACUUUAUUUAAAAUAAAAAGCAACCAUUAUUCCUAUAAUAUAGUUAUAGUAAUAAUGUUUUCUAUUUGCAUUAUUCCUUGUGGUGUUGCAAUAAGAUUGAUUGUAUUUGCAAUAAAUUAGCAACAGAAGUUUGUUUCUGGAGCUAAUCAUUUGCAGUGAGUUGUAUUUUUCAGACAACUGGACAGCAGUUCAGCUAAAAUUAUUUUGCCUGCUUUGAUAAACAUAUGUUUAUGAAAUUGUCCAUGUGAAGCUGACAUGUCUGAACAUGACUACUUAAAGUGCUGUUUAUAUUUUAAAAUAUAUUAAUCUUGAAUUGUGGCAUCCAUAGAGUGAACAUUUUUAUUCCUGCCAUUAGUGAAGUACUUUUCAUAGGUUAAUAACAGGAGAUGGAUCAAGAUGAAAGCUGAAUCAAAAUGAAACAGCAACCAAUGAGCAAUCUGUAUAUUUGCUUUGUUUUGGCAUGAAAUGAUCACCAGAGAAGAAACAUUGGCUUCUGUAAAUUAUUAACAGCGCCACUGAGAACAGAUCAGACUUUCGGUUUAAAAAAUAAUGAGCAGUGUUGUUACAUACUUUUAUGAAGAAUAUUAAUUUGUCAGUGUAUGACAUCCUGUUUUUUCAUCCUUCACCCUCAUCAGAAAACGAGCUCUAAAGUAUAAUUAUUAAAUUCUCAGUUUUUAAAGCAAUCAGUAAUUUCUUCAAGUCAUUCUCCUAUUCUUUUAAAGUUGAAUAUGCAUCCCAUUUAAAGUAGUUUAUAUUCUCCUUUUUUUUUAUUUAUACUGUAUCUGAUGCUUAUUAAUUACCUGGAAUAUCUGUUCAGGCAGCUCGUGCAACUACAACAGACAGUGUGCAAAUGCAGAAAUCAUACAGAGCUUCAAUAUGUCAAAGAAACAUUUUUUUUUUAAAUCUUAAAAAUAACUUGUUGCAACAGAUUAAUGUCAAAAAGAUUAAAUUAACUGUGGUUAUUGAUGGUACAGUUGCUAUUCUUUGAGCUGGACACUGAAAAGAGAGGGAAGAGAUUUGAGGUAAAAAAGAAAAGUUCAGAUGCAUUUAAAAAAGACAAGAAGGUGAUUUCUGUCUUAGCAGCAGCAAUGCUGGAUGAUUUUUCUGCUUGAUAUUUGUCAGAUCAGCUUUAGUUGUGUGAAUGCUGUUGACUGGCAAUCAGCCUGUUUCACAGUAUGACCACAGGUCAUCAAUUCAAUCUCACAACCAAAGAUUUUCAACAUGAGAAACUGAUAGCUGCAAUCCAAAUUGGUAUAAAUGUUACUUGUAACUUCCCAGCUGUAGUUUGUUACCUCAAUAAGGGCAAGAGCCUCUUAUUUCUAAACUGUAAAGGUCUUUGUGACCAAAAUAUUUCCAAACAGCCAAAAUUGUCUUUUGUGUUACUGAUUGAAAAGUAAAACACCAUCAGUGUGAAGGGGCAUGCAUGUUACUGAGCACAUGUCACUGUGCAAUUUGUGCUCUAAACAGGAGAAAACAUAGAUUACUCUUGUACUUUUUUUCUGGCAGCUUGUAGAGACAGUUUUAAACAGUAGGAAAGUACGACAAUGAAAACACCCCUGCUGUCAUCAAACAAUGUACUCCAGUACUUACCAUUUCAACAUUACAUUUUCUGCUGGCUGCAAAAGAUAAUUAAGGAUACUAGGGAUAUAUUAGAAUGGUGAAAGGUUGCAGAAUCCAUUUAGUCAUUUUGGCAUACUUUUGAAUAUAAAAGACAUCUUCUAUUAUUGCACUUGUUUUUUAAGAAGAUUAGCAAGCAUCCUGUAGAGUGUUUUCUUGAAAGAUUUGUCAGGAUUUCCCAAUUUAUUGCAGAAAAUAAAAGACAAAAUGACAGUCACUUCUUUAUUAUAACUUAUCUUAAUUGUGCAUAUCUAAUUUCAGAAGAUAAGCAACAUCUGAAAGGACUUUUGCUCAAUUUUUAGUUUAUUUAAUCAUUGUAUGUUGUAUUUUUUUUUACUCUGUUGUGUGCUUACUUGUAUGAACCGUUUUGAGUAUUAGUGAACCACUUUCUGAUAGACUGUUGUCAUAUUUAUUCAAUGUUAAUGUAAAGUUGUUUUCUUUUUAAACACUUAAGGUAUGCUUGUAAAAAGAUGCUCGUCUCAGGAGUUUUUCCUUUUGCUUUGAAUAGGCACGGUGUUGUAGUUUUGACUGAAGAGAACCUCCACAAAGCCACUUUCACCUCUUUGUUACACUACUGAUUAGUCUGGUGCCGUGAUUAUGAAAUGAUUUAUUUCUUGGCAGUGCUGUGUGGAUUUGUUGUUUUGGGACAAGCAAUGCACACAAAUGAGCUGCUUACAGAUCUCUAUGGGACAAAGUAUAGACAUUUCACAUAUGCCCAUGAUUUUAUUAAGAUCACUUCUGAAAUUUACCAUUUAUGUGUAUUGUUAAAUCAGUGUCUUACUCUGCUUUGAACAUGAUCGCGUCUGUGUGCUUGAAUGUUUGUCUCAUGAUGGUGUGAGUCAUCACUGUAUAAAUAUGGCUGAUAUUUGUCAGGGUAAGCUGAUGUGGUGAUAAUGUGCCAAUCAAUGGGAAAUGUAAAGAUUUAAGAGCCUGCUGAGAUCCAACUGUGAUUUUUUUUUGUUUUGUUUUUGUAUGCUAAUGAAUAAGAAAAUGCCACUGUCUCUAACUUCAAAUGCACUUUCUUGCAUCACUUCACUCACAUGUCACUACAAGCUAUGCAAUGUAACUUUCACUCCACAGUCAGUCAUCUCCAUUUACACCAGAUUUUCAGCACAAUCAAUCUUGGUAUUGUCUUUUUAUGAAUUGAUUUUUAUGUCAAUGUAAUUAAUAAAUAAAUAUUAUUUA